AUGGAGAUUUGCAUUUCUACGGCUAUGAUGUCUAUAUUGGUUAAUGGUGCACCCACUGAGGAGUUUCAACCACAAAAGAGGUUAAGGCAAGAGGACCCUCUAUCUCCGUUUUUGUUUAUUAUCACAACAGAAGGUCUCAACCUCUUAUUGGAAAGGGCCAUAGAGAAGGGUCUGAGUAAAGGUUCUUCAGUUGGUCCUGAACAGUUGGGAAUCUCACAUCUCCAAUUUGCAGAUGACACUAUAAUUUUCUGUGAAGGUGAAAAUGAGGAAGUUCUAAACAUAAAGAGGGUAUUAAGGUGCUUUGAGGUGAUGUCAGGAUAA